AUGUUCCGUGUGGGCUUCUUUCAGGGCAUCAUCGUCGCCCUGCUGGCCCCUAUCAUCGCAGAGAAAGGAACCGACCUAGAGGACUCUUUGUUGGAGGCUCUGGGCCAGGAAAUCGACAGCGAGGACUGCAGUCUGCUGAACGAGGGACCCAGCUGCCAGGCGUCGGCCUUCCUCCAGACAGGUGCAGCCCUGCGGUGGUCGGAGUCCCUGAGAACGGAGAAAGCGGAGGUUCCCCGGAUCUCCGAGCCGCUUUCCUUCCUGGAGCUGCAGGAGGAGACAGGCACCGAGGCGGCCGUCGGAGAGGUGCAUAGCAGCAGAACUGCCGAAGAGGUGGGAGAGCUCUCUCAGAAGGUGGGGGAGGUGCAUGCAGAUCGAUCCCAGCAGCUUCUGAGGCAAUGGCAGGAGGAUGGCGUGGAGUUGUAUGCUGCAGCACAGGCAGCGCCCUCCGUGGGCAGCUUCGCAUCUGAAGCCACGGACGCUCUUAAAAACGGCCUAGCCGGCGGCCACCAAGCGAAAGGCAUUACCGGCUUCGCAAUCUGCAUCGCCCUUCUCGUGGUUGUGAGCGUUGCCUCCCUGGUCGCAGUGCUCUACUGGGGCCCUUGGCUCUGGAAGUUAGAUCAGCCGAUGCCUCAGUGGCUGCCGGAGGCCCUUUCGCAGGACCUCGUCGCGCGCGAGGCGAAGGCCCCGGAGCUGGAGGAGGGGGAGGGGCCUCCUCCUCCCAAGCAGGCCUCCGAGCUUCCUUCCGAGGCGAAGCGGGAGGCGAAGCUUUCGGAAGUCCCCAAGCUUACCACGUCUUCUCACGCAGAGGCAGGGCUCCAGGAGCGACUCCGGCAGCUGGUCCUCGAGGCGGCGGUUUGCCAGGAGGAGAACCUGGAGCAGGUCUUGCCCUCUGCGGCGGGCUACGACUGUGCUUUGUCCAAGCCCGUGAGCAGCGGCUGUGCCGUGAAGUUGCUCUGCCGCAUCGAGGGAGCUUUGCCAGGGGGCCCUCCGCCACUGGGCCUUCUGAGAGCACCCCUCAGCCAGCGCAGCUGCGUCCUCUUCAGGUCUGUCGCGGAAGGUGCGCUGCCAAAGAAGUCCGAGGAGGCCGUGGACUUCCAGGUCUCCCUGGUUUCGGCGCCCUGGAUCCGCAUCGACGUCUUGGGCCACGAGGUGAAGCUCCUAGAAACUCCCCAUAAGGAUCAGGAGGCCUUCACGCCCUACCAGGCCUUCGGCGACUUGCCCAAGCACUGGAAGCACUUCGUCUCCCCGGUGCCGGAGCCCAAAGCCUCCUUCCUCCCCCCGAUCCCCGCACCCCCACAGCCCGCUUUGGAGAGGGAGGUCUUCCGGUUCCGCGAGGAGCUUCUGCAGGUGGGCGCCGAGGUGAUCCUGUGUGGGGAGCUGAUCCGAGACUCCAGCGGCCGAAUCUUCCUACAGCCAUGGCAGGAGAACUUCGAGAACUCCUCUUGGCGCACCUCCUGGGAGCUGGAGGGCUGCCUGGAUCUGAGGCCUGCGGUGCUGGCCUCCACGGAGGCUGCUCUGAUGGAAGUACCGGGCAAGGUCCCUACGGCGGAGAGCUGCUUCGAUGAGUUUGCUGUGAUGGUGCCAUGA